UUGGAAGACGUCGGAAACUAAGUAUAUAUAGUCGCGGCGUUGUUUUGUAAUUCAUAACACAUCAGGGCCUUUUGGGAAAACGUUAUACAACUGUCAUUAUUUAAAGAUGAUGGCCAAGAAUUUGAUAAUUCUGUGCUGCAUAGUGGCGGCAGUCGUAGCAAAGCCAACGUACACGGAUAAAUUUGAUAAUGUCGAUUUGAAAGAAGUGAAGGAGAACAAGAAAUUAUUAUUGGCUUAUGUAGAUUGUGUUCUCGAGAAAGGAAAAUGCACUCCCGAUGGAAAAGCACUAAAAGAAAACCUUAAAGACGCCAUCGAAACUGGUUGCGAGAAAUGUACUGAAAAGCAAAAGGAAGGAUCAUACGAGAUGAUCGAACACCUCAUUGAAAAGGAGCCUGAAAUCUGGAACGAACUUUGCGCUAAGUUCGACCCAACCGGCAAGUGGAGGAAGGAGUACGAAGAGAAAGCAAAGGCCAAAGGCAUCAAAAUCCCUAGUUAGAUGUUCAAUAUUUUACGUAACUCGCUCUUAAUGGGAAUUAUUUUCGGCAAUAUUUAAAAUAAAAUACAUUUUAUUAAAUUUGAA